UUCCAAAUCACACAAAUUCCUCCUUCUUCUUCUUCUUCCACUUCUUCAAUCUCACAUCAUCUCAUAUAAUCAAAAUCCAUCACAAAACCCGAAACCACCAAACCCCCCAAAAAAUGGGUCUCUCAAGCGACAUCAAAUCACACCACAAAACCCACAAAGUCUUCCUAAUCAGCAACUACAUAUUACUCGGAGCCGCCUCGAGUUGCAUUUUCCUAACACUAUCACUCCGAUUAAUCCCAUCGGUGGUGGGGGCCCUACUAGUCCUGCUCCACGUCAUCACAAUUGGGGGUGCGAUUUCCGGAUGCAAUGCGGUAUCAGCCGGAUCUAAUAAAUGGUACGCAUUCCACAUGGUUGCGACCGUUUUGACCGCGAUUUUUCAGGGUUCUGUUUCCGUUUUGAUUUUCACGACAACGGAUAACUUUUUGGGCGCGUUGAAAUCGUAUGUGAGGGAAGACGACGCCGCGAUUAUUUUGAAAAUGGCGGGCGGGUUGUGUGUGUUGAUGUUUUGUUUGGAAUGGUUGGUUUUGACACUUGCGUUUUUCUUGAGGUAUUAUGCUUUUGUUGAAGGUGGAAAUAAUAACAACAAAGUGCAAGCUGAAGAUUAUUCCAAGGCAUGGUCCCCACCAUUUCAAGUUUAGAAAAAUGUCCAAGGAUGGAUAUUAUUAUGAUGAAAUAUUUAUUUUCUAUGUUGAAUUUAAUUUAUUUAUUGUUUGGUUUCAA